GCAAGCAAUAUCUCAAGGAGCUUUCUUGUAUGCUCAGACGUCAGCUGGGCGCAUUACUGUUACCCAAACCAUCGAUAAGGAAACCAAUCUACAUCCAGAGCUCCAACCACCUGCCUCCACGUCGCGCGACCAUGGCGACAACUUCGCAGCCUCAGCAACAGGCGGCGUCCUCUUCCAACAAGGACGACGCUUCCUCCUCCUCGCCUUUCAUCCUCAAUCCGCUCACACCCUCACUCCAUAUCUACCGUCCCCAACCUCAGCCCAAGAAUGCUAAGCCCCCCUCGGGCGCCCUCACCCUCACCAGUCCGACCGCCCCUCCCCGCAUCAUCCUCAUCUUUGGCUGGAUGAACGCCCCGCUGCGUCUCGUACAGAAAUACGCUCAGCCAUACAGCACUCUGUUCCCCUCGGCAACAGUCCUUGUACUCCUCUCCACUUCCAAGGGCUACUUCCGCGAUCACGAUGGGAGCAUCGCGAAGCUCUGCUCCGUCCUUGGGGAGGAAGCGGGACGUAUGGAAGGCCGAGAAAAGAUGCGCGCAGAGAUGCGCAAGGUCGAGGGAAAGAAGGAGGAUAUCACCCUGGACGGCGAUGUACGGGCUACUGUUGCGGAAGCUGGGGAAGAAAAGCCCAAGCCGUUGGCACCAGCACCGAGGGGGAUGAUUAUCCACUCUUUCUCAGACGGAGGAGCCUCGAACCUGUGCACCUUGCUCGACCAGCUGAAGCGCAGCAGUACGGUGACGGCAGGCCUUGCGGAGCACUUGGCCACGCGCGCAUUGGUUCUGGACUCCUCCCCCUCGCUCGGCUCAGCCUGGACGGGGAGUGAUGCCUUUACCCUUCCCUUGGGAAAUCCAGCUACUCAGCCCUGGCUCGUCCGCCACGUCGUUAGGCGGCUGGCACGCGCCGUCAUCUACGUGGUGAUGCUGCUAGCGCGUUUCUGGGUGACCAAGGUGCGAGGUAGAAAGACGAGGGCAAGGAGGGUGAGGGAGGGGCUGAAUGCACCGACGAGUUGGGAAUUGGAUGAUGGGACUGAGAAGGAAGGCAAGAAGGUGGAAGGCGUACCACCGCGCCUCUACCUCUACUCGCAGAGCGACGCGCUGGUACCAUGGAGGGAUGUAGAGGCGCAUGCGAGAGAGCUAGACCCGAGCAUUGAGCCGAUUGAUGCGGAAGGCGGCGGCAGCAGCGAGGAGAAGUCAGCAGAGUCCUCGUCGAAGGACGGCACUGAGCCGGAUGCGGUUCGUCUGGUCCGCUGGAGGAAUGCGCAGCACUGCGCGAUCGUACGGCAUGACCCGGAGGGCUACUGGAAGCAGGUAGAGGCGUGGCUGAAAGAGACGCUGCGCUAAUUCCACGCCGAGAAUGAUGGAUCAUAUUGCAUGCCAGGUGGUAAUGAGCGGAUGCUGGUUUUGUUGGUCGUACAAGUACAAUGGCCCCUUGAGGCGGGCUUGUAGUCUUAUCUCGCUGUCCCUAGCCCCGUUUCUGUAAUGUAUCGUCCGCAGCCGAUCGCUCAUCCAUCAAACUCCUCGUCGAGAGAAUCAAUCGAGCCU